AAAGCAAUCUCGAUUACGUGAAAGAUUUUUGUUCCUCAAAUAGUGGUAGCACCAAGCAGGAAUCAGAAUACCGUGUGUAGUUGGCUAAUUGUGAUACAAUUUUAGGAAGAAUUUCUAAUCGGAGUCUUCCAGGGGUGACUUCCGGCUAACAGCAAAGUCGUUCAUUGUUCCCGAGUUGACUGAACGUUGCGAAACGGAUAACUAUGUUCCUUACACUUUUUAUCAUCCUAAUCUCCCUUGCGAUUCUACUGGAUUAUACCGCCAAGAAAAGGCGAUAUGAUAUGACCGUUAAUAUGCCAGGCCCAUUUCUCUUGCCGAUAUUUGGAUCAGGUUUCAUAUUCAAAAGGAGGGACGUGCAAGAUUCACUCGGCAUUGUCCGAGACCUCAGCGUGAAUUAUGGUACAAUCUGUCGGGUAUGGAUAUUUCAUCAAUUAGCCGUAGUUAUCAGAAAACCAGAAGUUCUGGAAACAGUUCUGGCUAGUCCCAAGUACAUCACGAAAAGUUCCCUGUAUGAUUUCCUGGAAUUAUGGCUGGGAGAUGGUUUACUGCUUAGUGCAGGAUCAAAAUGGCACUCCAGACGAAAGAUCAUAACUCCAAAGUUUCAUUUUAAAAUUCUUGAAGAAUUUGUUGAGAUUUUUGAUCGUCAAAGUAAAAUUUUAGCACAGAAAUUGGAAAAGCAUUUGGAUGGAAAGGACUUCAAUGUUUAUCCUUACAUUACCUUGGCAGCUUUGGAUGUGGUCUGUGAAACCGCUAUGGGUACGAAAAUUAAUGCUCAGACUGAUCCUGAUUGUGAAUACGUUCGAGCCGUAGCUGAGAUAACCACCAUUUUAACCGAACGCUUCAUCAACAUUUGGUAUCGAAGUGAUCUCAUUUUCAAAAUUUUCGCCCCUAAAAUGAAAGAACGUCAAGAUUACGCCGCUAAGGUUCUUCACGAUUUCACUGAACGUAUUAUCGAAGAACGUAGAAAUGCUCUACUGAUAGAGCAAAUGAACAAAGAUUCAAAUGCACCACAAGAAGAUACUGAUGUUGGUACCAAGAGGAAACUGGCCCUUCUCGAUGUUCUUCUACAGUCAUCAGCGGACGGUAAACCACUUACAAAUGCUGAUAUCCGGGAAGAAGUGGACACAUUUAUGUUCGAAGGACAUGACACAACGACAUCCGCUAUGUCCUUCACACUUUAUUGUCUAUCACGCCAUCCAGAAGUGCAAAAGCGAGCAUUUCAAGAAAUAUGUGAAGUAAUAGGAACUGAUAAAAACAAGCCAGUCACCUACAGAGAGUUACAAAAUUUAAAAUAUUUGGAAUGCGUUAUCAAAGAAACACUACGGUUGUACCCAUCAGUUCCGAUAAUAGCACGAAGAAUGAUAGAAGAUACAAAAAUUGAUGAUUACUUGAUCCCAGUCAACACAAACGUCAGUAUACCAAUUUUUGUAAUAUUAAAGGAUCCCAAGUUGUUCCCAGAACCCGAAAAGUUUAAUCCGGAUCGACAUCUCCUUGAAAAUUCUGAUGAGAAGACCAAUCCUUAUUCGUAUAUUCCAUUCAGUGCUGGACCUCGCAAUUGUAUUGGACAAAAAUUCGCAAUGUUGGAGAUGAAGAGUACCGUAUCGAAAAUGUUAAGGCAUUAUGAGCUGUUACCAAUGGGACCUGAACCGAUUCCCGUACUAAAUUUGGUUCUAAGAUCGACCAAUGGUAUUCAUAUUGGAAUAAAGCCCAGACAAUAUUGAAUUUAUUCAAUCUGGUA